AUGUCGACUACAACGACAACAACCGCCCGCCCCCUCAAACGCAGACGCGCCUCCUCCCUAUCAUACGUCCUCCGCCUCUCCACGCCCUCCACCUCCUCCGAACACGACGCGUCCUCUCCUUCUCUCCAACCAAAUCACUGCGAAAAUGAAAAUUCAAAUGAACCGGGACCGUCUUCUGGACGCUUCAUCCUCGUGAACGGCGUACUGACGAGAGACACGAAGAAAAGGUACAAGUGCACGUUCGCGGGCUGCGACAAGACGUACGCGAAGCCGAGCAGGCUCGCGGAGCACGAGCGGGUGCACACUGGCGAGCGUCCCUUCACCUGCCCCACCUGCGCUAAAUCCUUCCUCCGCGAAACCCACUUAACGGCGCAUGCGCGCUCGCACCUCCCCGCCUCGGCGCGCCCCCUUGCCUGCCCCGAGUCUGGGUGCGACAAGCGCUUCUGGACGCGCCAGCACCUCGCCGUGCACGAGGCGUGGCACCGCGGGGAGCGCGAGCCGAAGUUCCAGUGUACGGAAGAAGGAUGCACGCAGGCCUUUGCGAAGCACCACCAGCUGCGCGCGCACGUCUGCGCGGCGCACCGCCCGCCCGGGACGAAGGCGUACCAGUGCGCGCACGCGGGGUGCGCGAAGAGCUUUGAUACGCGGCAGAAGUUGAGGGCACAUGUGCGGGUGCAUGACGAACACCGCUACGCAUGCCCCACCUGCCCCUCCACCUUCUUUCCGACCUGGACCGCGCUCCAGGCGCACAUGCGCGCGGCGCACCCGCCGACGUGUCCCUACCCCGCGUGUGGGGGACGGAGGUUCGCGCACGCGAAAGGGUUGAGAGCUCAUCUGAGGAUCCACGAGGAACAGGCGGGGGACAACGGGGAAGGAGGUGGCGACGGGGAAGGGAAGGGGGGAGAAGGCAGGGAUGCGGAAGGAGAUGAGGGGCAUGGGAGGAAGAGAAGGAAAGGAGGCGGGGAGUGGGUCUGUGAGGAGGGGGGGUGCGAGAAGCGGUUUUAUUCGAAAAAAUCCCUCAACGUCCACACGCGCGUCGCGCACCUCGGCGUGCGCGCCUACGCGUGCCCGCACGCCGGGUGCGGGCGGAAGUUUGGGUACAAGCAUCUCGUGGGGCGGCAUGUGGGACGGGUGCAUCGGGGGGAGGGGGAGGGUGUCGGCGUGGGUGGGGAUGGGGAGGAGGAGGAGGAGGAGGAAGGUGGGCAGGGGGAAAGUGAGGACAGUGAGCAGGGGGAGGAAGAGGAAGGGGGGGAGGACGAGCACCCAAGCGCGAUCGACCUCCUCACCGGCAAGGCGUACGCUGAGUGCGCGCGGGACGCGGGGAAGGUGCGCUGUCCGUACCCCUGCACGUCUGUUCUCUGCGCCGGCGCGCCGGGCUCCGAGGUCGGUCAGGGUGGGAGGGUUGAAGGCGAAGGCGAGAGGUGCGAGUACGUCUUCGGCCGCGCUUAUGAUCUGAGGAGACAUUUGAGGGCUGUGCACGACAUGGAGGCGGGGCGGGAGGAGGUGGAUGCGUGGGUGAGAAGCGAGAGGUCUUCCCUGUGUUGAUCUAGGACCAGGACGGUAGUUGGGUUUUCUAGCAGAUCUAUAUGAGGUACAGCUUGCGGUGGGUAGGAGGUGACGGAUGAACGAGGGGCUAAGUUGUGGUUCACUCUCUAGAGUGAUACAGUAAGUGCGAUGAGUGUCAGGAUAAAUACACUGCGCGUGGAACGGGCAUUGUAACC